AUGGAGGAAAUCCAGAAAUAUAUUGUGAGCUCAAAUGACGCCUUCGAUUUGAACAUGUACCGCCCCGGCGACCAUUCUUACGUUGUACCCGAAAAAUUUCCAGUAUUCAAAAAGCCCUUCCACCCCCGGCACACAUAUCCUAUAUUCGGCGAGGAUGAGGCAAUAUUGGGCUACUCGAAACUUCAGCUCGAUCUGCGCUUCAGGACCACCGAUAUGAAGCCCAGAUUCGCCAUCAAAUACAAAGAGAAAUGGAAGCCUAUCGGCGAGACUCAGCCUAUGGACGUAAAAAAGAUGAUGUUGGAUUACUGUCCUGAUUUCGACUUCUCGGAGAAUUACCCUGAAGAUAUACAUGGCCCAGAAUGGCGACCUCCUGGAAAGCUCGUUCGCCGCUGGAAGCAUGCUACGAGCACCUACGAGGUCUGGCAGACCACACUUACUGAUCCCAGGGCUCUAGAAAUAUUCAGGAACUUUCAAAUACUCAUCCCAUUCUUCAUUGAAGGUGGAGUGAUACAAACCACUACCGAGGACGAGUGGACCCUUCGACGGUGGAAGUUGUUCCUUGCCUAUGAUGUCACUCCGUUCAAAGAAAGCGAUGAUGAGUUGACGAAUAUUAGCCCUUACAUCUUUGCAGGUUUUGCCACAUCGUAUCGACUAUGGGUUAUGCCGUGCUUGGAAGUUAUGAAGACCAUCGGCGCUCUUCCCACACAACCGGAGUCUACGAACGGCAACGCAGCUGAUUUAGAAAAGUCCUGGAAGCCACCUGCGGCAGUAAUCAAUAGUGACGGCACACCAAAUGUGGACUCAGGUUUCGACGACCACAAGCAGCCUUCAAGGGAGCGGAUCUCACAAUUCGUCAUUCUCCCUCCUUAUCAGCAUCAGUCCAUCGGCUCGCAUAUAUACCAAGCGAUGGUCCGUGACUUUCUCCGAGACGAAAACGUCUUUGAAAUUACCGUUGAGGAUCCCAACGAACGUUUUGACGACAUGCGCGACUGGAACGACCUCGUCCGCCUCUCCUCCGACCCUGUCUGGCAAUCCCUCUCCCUUCCCGAAACCAUCCCCUCUGAUCGCCUCAAACGUAAGGAUCUGAUCCCAACCAGCAUUCUCGUCGACCAGACCAAAGCCGCCCACCUCCGCCGCAAGUUCAAAAUCUCUUCUCGCCAAUUCUCCCGCCUUACAGAAAUGCACCUUCUGAAUACAAUCCCUGUGCGCCACCGUACCCCUUUGCGGAUUGCCAAAAAGGAAAACGCCCCUGACGAGAAUGACCGAAAAUACUAUUUCUGGCGCAUGCUUGUCAAGGAGCGCAUCUUCUACCGCAACUGCGAUGUGCUGAUGCAGCUGCCAACGCGUGAGGAGCAGCGCGAGAAGGUAACCCAAAGCUUGAAUUUAGUGCAAGAAGAAUACAACCGGAUAUUGGGCAAGCUACCGGAUUGGAUUGAAUAUGCGAAGUUGGCCGAGGAUGGAGGAGUGGAUGAAGCGUACGCAAAUCGAGCGGAGGUGAGGACGAACAGGGCGCUGAAGAGGGUACGGAUUGUGGAUGAUGAGGAUGAGAUGGACGAGGAUCAAGCUCCGAAGAAGUCAAAGAUAUAUGAGGAUGAAGAUGAUGAUUGA